UAACACACACUCACACAUAUAUACACACACACUUAUACACACACACACUUGCAGGACGCGGCACACUUUGAUAACGGGACUGUCGUGACGUGAUUAUUAUUAUUAUUAUUAUUAUUAUUAUUAUUAUUAUUAUUAUCAUUAUUUGAUAAAAAGUUUCUGAUCUGCGCGUGCCGGUUUGCUUACGUUCUUGGAGUUCUGACAGUGCGAGACGCGUUUGUAUUUAUUACACAUAUAGGAUAUAUAUAUUUCUAUAUCAGGACUCGUUAAAACCAUGGCGGAAACGGCAGCGGCUCCGGCAGCGGCUAAAGCCAAGAAGGCGAAAUCACCGAAGAAAGCGACAUCGCACCCGAAAUACUCGGACAUGAUCCAGGCGGCGGUGGUGGCGGAUAAAAGUCGCGGCGGCGCGUCGCGUCAGUCCAUCCAGAAGUACGUGAAGAGCCACUACAAAGUGGGAGACAACGCCGAUGCGCAGAUUAAACUGGCGCUCAAGAGGCUCGUCGCCACCGGGUUCCUGCGCCACACCAAAGGCAUCGGAGCCUCGGGCUCUUUCAAGCUCGCCAAAGCCGAGGAGCCGACCACGACGAAGAAGAAGCCGACCACGACGAAGAAACAGCCGACGUCGGCAGCGGCGAAGAAGAAACCCAAAGCCGCCGUGAAAGCCAAGAAACCCAAAGCCGCAGCCGCCAAACCCAAGAAAGCUCCCAAACCCAAAAAAGUGGCCGCCAAGUCCCCGGGCAAGGCGAAGAAGAGCAGAGCAGCGGCGAGCGAGAAGAAAGUGAACAAAAAGACAGCGGCGGCGGCGGAGAGGAAGAAGAAGUCUCCGGUGAAGGUCAAGAAGGCGGUGAAGAAACCGAAAACAGCCGCCAAGCAGAAGAAGGUGAAGACUGCGGCCAAGAAACCCAAAGCCAAGACGGCGAGCAAGAAAACGGCGAAGAAGAAGUGACUUCAAAGAGAACAAAGUUAGCCCAAUGACAUGGACUCAAAAAAGAAAA